CCAGCUCGAAGAGAUUGACAGAAGGCAGCAAGGAGGAACCAUGAGCGAUGCUUCGUCUGAAGAUAUCCAAGAUCCAACUGCACCGGCAGAAGAACAAGAAGAGCCUCAGGCUCAGGCUGGUGUCGACCAAGCCUCAGGUCCUACCAAUACGUUAAGUUCUACCGGUAGUACCACUGCCAAUAAUAUCAAUACGAGUGAUGCCGCGGCAGAGAUUCCUCCAUUGAAUACUUCUGAUGAUGUCCCCACCAAGGCAGAGAAUUCCCAACAAAGACUCCAGUUUUUUAACAAAAAGGAAGCUGACAAUGAUGAUGCCUACUUCAAUAAUCCAGAGAUUUUCCAAAACUUUGAAGAAAUGCUAGAGGCAAAGAGUCAUGAACGUGCAAUGCGUGUUGCCACUACUUCCGAUGAUGCCCGCAGCGCCAAUGCGGCAAUCUUUGAAGAAAUGGUAGCGGCAAAGGCCGGUGAACGUGGUGCAAUGAUUACUACUGGUGCCAUGAGGGAUACCACUACUACUAGUAAAGCUGGCAAAGAGCAAGUUCCCACGGCUGCUACGAACAAUAUUACCAAGUCUAUUGCAUCUGCCAACAUUGGUCGUCUGCCAGACGUUAUUAUGACGGAUAUGCAACCAUUGAGCUUGGGACAAAAUUCCAUGGAUCCUGUGGCGCCAACAUCGGAAUUGGUACGCCACGGCCAAGCACGUCAACGCCAACAACUUCCUCCCGGUGCGUAUCCCCACGGUGGGAGACAAACAUCCUCCGCCGCCACAACAAUCACCAAUGGUUCUACUCAUUCCAACAACAACAACAACAACGGUAGCAUUCAUAAUGGAGAAGUAACUGAUCCGGAGAUUGAACCGCCUUUGUUGGAAGCAACUUUGGUAGGUUCGGUACCAUUUGAAAUGGACGAGCAGUCCAUCCCUCAAGCACAAAUUUUGGCACCAAAAUCACUCAUGGGGCAAUGGAUGGAAUCCACCUCCACACAAGCCAAGCUCAUUUGUGUGCUUAUUACGGUGGCCGUGCUGGGACUGAUCAUUACUGGAUUGGUCUGUGGAACCAGCAAUGUUUGUAGUGGUAAUGAUAAUGAUGAUGAUGAUGGGCCAACCACCAAAGCUGUUUGGGUGAAUGAUCUACCCGAUUCUACAAUACAAUCCUUACAAGAUCCUGGUUCAUCACAGUCACAAGCGUACCAAUGGAUGAUGACUGGGUACAGUGAACAGAGGCUGGAAGAAUUCCCAGAUUGGAGACGUGAACAGAUAUUUGCCAUUGGCUGUUUCUAUUACUCCUUUGAUGGAUCUACCGAUCCAGACUUGCUUCGUGACAAGGACUUCUUCAAUACAUCACUGCAGGAAUGCCAGGAUUGGAAUGGGACCCAUAUCAAACUGGGUUGCACCGAUGAGGGACAAUUGACGUCUUUCAAACUCACUGCCGUCCCCGUGGAGGUUGUGGGUACAAUUCCACCGGAAGUGCUUCUGUUGGAUCAGUUGGACACCUUGGCCAUUACAGAGGUCAAGCUGAUUGGCAAAUUGACCAGUAUUAUUCCCACCGAGUUGGAGCUCCAUCCAAGCCUCAAGAAUUUGGAUCUCAGCUACAACCAAAUCAGUGGAACCAUACCAGAGUAUCUGAGUCAAAAGACACAACUGGAAACCAUCAUUUUGCAUCAAAACAAGUUGGGUGGAACGGUGCCUGCCCAACUCCUGUAUGGCAUACCCAACUUGAUCAGGCUGCAUAUUUCAACCAACCAGUUGGUGGGGAGCAUUCCCAAACCACCGCCGAUAUUGCCAUCAUUCUCAAGUUUGGCAAACGAUACUUAUGGGUAUGCUCCUCUGCAGAGCUUGGAGCUGGCGACAAACGCUUUGACCGGAACGAUACCCACUGAGCUGUCAGAUUUCCGCAAUCUACAAAUCCUUUUCUUGUCGACCAACGACUUGACUGGUCCUUUCCCAUCAGAGCUUGGUCUCCUCUCCAAACUAGAACGGCUCCGGCUUCAUAGCAAUGACAUUACAGGAGUCCUGCCAACAGAACUAGGCUUGAUGACCCGGAUGACUCACUUGUCAUUUUCCAAAAUGCGUCUGACUGGAACCAUGCCGAGCGAGCUUGCCUUGAUGCGCCACCUUCGAUUCCUCAACUUGGGUGGCAAUAGAAAUAUGAAAGGCACGAUUCCAUCCGAAAUGGGAUUACUAACAGAGUUGACGAGUCUCAUUGUUGGGGGAGGCAUGACGGGAAGUGUACCCGAGAGUAUCUGUCAAUUAACAUUGCCUCGUGCCGAUGGUGGCAAACCCCUCAGUCUCAAGAUUGCCUGCAACACUAUGGAUGAGUGCCCCAGUGGUUGCGAAUGUCAGUGUGGAGCCGAACGAUCAGGUGCUGGUGGCGGUGAUGAUGGUGAUGGUCAUUGUACCACUGGAGGGGGUCCGAGGGCUUGUUAGUAAAAUGCUGGCGGGCAUGCCGCAUCUACGGUAGCAGUGAUGUCUCUUUUUUAAAUUCCAACUCGUAGCAUAAGAUCAAGUCAAAGCGCUUUGUUCGUGUACACCGUACAGCACA